AUGACCACCCGCAGGCCCCCGCUCGCCCAGAGACAUCGUCCUUCUUCAGCGGUCUACAUCGGGGGCGACACGAGUUACCUCGCGAGCCCACCAGACCUUCCCGACCUCCCCGAGCCGCCCAGCCCCAUCUCAAGCAGCAGCACCAGCACCUCUGGCCUCCCUUCUCCCCCCGCGACCAACUCGACGGGAAGCGGUAGCACGGGCGACCCUGGCAGCAUCGCCAUCCGCGGCAAUAUGCUGAAUGGCAACAACCUCAAGACCUUCCACGCUGCCUUCCACAACAACAACGACGACCCCGAAUAUGAGCAUGACAUCGAUGAUGAAGACAACACCGCCCGCCUUGAUCAGCGCAGACAUAGCGCCAGCGAGAAUGUGUUGGCACUGGAGCGCCUCAAAAGCCUCACCCAACGAAACAAAAUUGCACUCGACAAACUCUCCUCAUACUCCCGCAUCAGCUCCCCCGCUCCAAGUAACCGGGCAGCUAGUUCUACCCGCUCACCACCCCCUCCCACGCCCCCAUCCAUUCUCAGCUCCUCUUCGAAUUCGAAUUCCUCCUCCUCUCACUCAUCUUCACGGCCUUCCCUCCGACGAGCGCGUACCCAAGAAUCCGGUUCAGAAACGGAAAGGGACGAUGAGCCGCCUGCUUCCAGCCGACCAACUACUCCUUUGCCCCCACCGGCAACACGCCAAAGACUUAUUUCCGCACCAGCUUCGCCACAGAAGCACUUGACGGCGGCGUCUUCUUCUUCCGGAUCCAGUACUCGCUCCCCUCGUCGUUCUCGAGCUUCCCAACUUUCCUUUAGUCGGCGGGCGCCAGAAGAUGAUGGGCCAAGUUCGCCUGAAGACAUUACUCGUGCUGCUUUGGCUGCGGUGGCUUCAGUGCGACGUACUCCAACGGGCGGGGGAACAGCUCGAUAUACUGGAGCCCGUUUGAGUCCAACUACUUCAGGGAAACGGAGACAGCCACUACCUCGAGAGUGGGCCAACACCACUAACGGAAGAUUUUCUGUGGAACCACCCACUUCUCCGCCUCAGCAUGACACUUCACCCAAUAAGAGACAUUCUCUUGCGGGCUCAACUGCUUCUUCAUCUUCCGCAUUCUCCCCACAAUCCCAUGGCCACGCACAUUCGAAUUCGACAUCCUCUACAUCGACCAUUGGGUCUACUGCACAGGGACAACGUGCUUCUACUGUUCGUGACCUCGCCAGAAAACACCAGACGAGAUGGUUGAGCGAGGAUAUCAGUCUGAGCAGCCCGAAUGGGAUGUAUGACCAAGAUCAGGAGCGAGAAAGACGACAGAGUCUACGGGGCGGUAGUGCUGAGAGUGCGUUGGGAGCGGGGAGGAGUCUUGUCGGAGAGGGAUUGCGGGCAGCAGGCCUUGCAAGAGAGCGAGAUCGCGACUUGUUUUCUCCGCAAGAAGCGAGAACGCCGGCAAGAGUUGAGUGGGCGGAGGGGACAAGAGACAGGGAACACAGUCGGACGAGGCAAGGGCAUGGGCGUGCCGCCACCUCUAUGGCUGAUUACUCUUCGGCAAGAAGGAGAGCGGAGGAAGAUGAGUAUGGUCCUGAAAGCGCUGGUGGUGAACCAAGAACUCCUGCAUUGCGGGCAUAUCGAAGCAGUGCACAUAUUCUGGAUUCGCGGAGGACAGGCCCUUCGAUGGAGCGAGAGGAUGAUCGACAAGUGCCAAGUCCAAGUCCAUAUUCAAGCAUGCGACGGACUGGAAACGGGAGUGGCAGUUUAUCCCAGCAUGAACACACUCGCCUUAUGUCGGAUAGUCUUGGGAUGUUUGAGGGCUACCUGGCUCGGCUUACCGAAGGCGGUUCUUCCCGGAGCGCUAAUGAUUUGGCGCGUCAUGCACAAAUUGUUGUGGCUACCGCGGACAGGCUCAACACUAUCUUGCGAAACGGGACUGCCAAAGCUUUGGAGGAGCAGAUUGACGCGGAGGUCAGUGACGUGGCUGGGGCGACGGAGCUUGCAGAGCUUUGGCGACGGGUUGGAGGGGAGUAUCGUGAGGGUUUGCGUGUAAGCGAUGAGCUGGUGCGGGGGGUAACGGGGUUUUUGCUCGAUGUGGGGAGGGUGGUGCGGGACUUUACUGGAGAUGGGCGUGGGUCAGACGAAGGGCGAGGAAGUGCCAGUCCUGAUGCGAGUGGACGGAGAAGUCAGGCCUCCAGAACAAGCUGGGAUGCGAGAGAAGGGAGGGAAAGUGCUUUGGCGCUGAGACCAUCAAGUGUGCUGAAUACGAGGAUGGAGCCGCCCCGGACAACGACGCCUUCUUCAAGAAGACUGCUUACACCACGCGAACAACGGGAGCUCAUGCAGGCGCAACAGGCGCAAGCAACUAAUGGACUUGUCCCGUCCGAUUCACAAGAGACUGUCCAACCGCACAAAUAUGAGCCGUCGCCAACUCCAGCCCCGCGCAAACAAAACCAGGGGACAGCCAGUCGGGUGCUUCCUCCUCUUUCCAUUCCGAAACCAUUGCCCACUCUUCCCUCGGAAUCGACGACGACGACCACGUUGCGGAGAAAUCAGAGCACUGGAGAUAAGCCCCAGACCUUAACGGGAAACUCUUCUCAACGACGCAAGACCCUCACCAGCGGAACUGUGCGAGCUUCGGGCGCUGGUCUCCAGCCUACGAAUACAGUACCCACAACUGCUUUGACGCCACAUACCGUUUCCUCCCCCCUCACCUUCCCCUCCCUCUCCCGCAACGACUCAGACAAGUCUGUUAACCGUUCGCGCACCAACACGGUUACAUUCUCCCGACCAUCGACUGUGGCCUUGGCAGGGUUGCAAGCCCAGCAUGAGCGGGAGCAGGAACGGGAGCGACAGCGGACGAUAUCGGGUACAGAGCGUAACUCCGAGGGGGAGAAGCCUGAAUUGCUUCGAAAACGAUCUUCCAUUGUCAGUCGUCCGCGGGCGUCUUUGGAGGGCAGUGGCGCGGACCCAGGGCCAAGCCAUGCAGCAGAUCGAAGUGCUGCGGCGGGACUGUCGUUGUUGGGGAGCGGAAAGCGCGAGCGGAGACGGACGGUGACUGAUAUUUGGCCGCCGUCGGGGCCAGGGUCAUGA